CGCACUGAGCACCCUGGUAUAGAUCCCCAGUUAAAAGCUGGAGGCCGAGGCGAGCAGACGUCGAACAGAUUCAAAAUGGCUGCUAUCGCGUUUCUCCUGAUCGCCUGUCUGAGCUCCGCUCACGCCUGGGGCGGACUGUUCAACCGGUUCAGCUCCGACAUGCUGGCCAACCUCGGCUACGGGCGGUCACCAUACCGUCAUUACCCUUAUGGACAGGUUGAGCCUGAAGAGAUUUACGCGGAGGCCUUGGAAGGUAAUCGCAUUGAAGACGCCGAGGACACGCACUGCUACAGCGCGCCGUGCAUCACCAACGGGGACUGCUGCCGUGGACUCAUGUGCUUGGAGACAGAGGACGGAGGGCGUUGUCUGCCAGCGUUUGCUGGUCGGAAGCUUGGCGAGAUGUGCAACCGUGAGAACCAAUGCGACGCUGGACUGGUCUGCGAAGAAGUCGUCCCAGGUGAGAUGCACGUCUGCCGUCCGCCUUCAGCCGGACACAAGCAGUACAACGAAGACUGCUCCUCGUCCAGCGAAUGUGACAUCACCCGUGGUCUUUGCUGCAUCAUGCAACGUCGUCACCGCCAGAAGCCUAGGAAGAGCUGUGGAUACUUCAAGGAGCCCCUGGUGUGCAUUGGACCCGUAGCCACCGACCAGAUCCGCGAAAUCGUUCAGCACACCGCUGGCGAGAAGAGACUCGGCUUGUACAGAAUGCAUUAAAUUAAUCUUCAAUUUAUUGACUUCGAGUAAAAUGGCUUCUUCUAUGUUCCAAUAAUUUAUAAAGCGGUUUCAAACUUGUUUUUUUUUAACUAUAUUUAAUUAUUUUUUCAUUUUACUCGGAGUAUUUUUAGGAUUUGAAUCAUUUAUAAAUUUAAAUAAUCCUUUUCAUUUAUAAAUGAUUUCAAUUAAAUUGAGAAAAUUCUCUAAGUUGAUAAGAAGAGCUAAUAAAAACAACUUAUCAAACGAGUUGACAUCCAGAAAAAUUAAAAAUCAUUUAUAGAUUUUUCUCAAUAGCAACAUUUUUGGAAAUAUUGCCAUUAAAAAUUAUUGCAAUUUUAUAUUUGUUAAACAUAAUUUCCUAACACGAGGAAUUGACGGAAUUUUUAUUUGCGAUGGCAAUGAUUUCGUUAUAUUGAUGGCACUAUUUCCACCGAAGAUUUAAAAAUAACCGAAACGAACGCUUCGAAAAACGGUCACCGAUUUAUUAAUUUUCAAGCAUAGAAUAUUAAUUAAAAACAAAAAAAAAAAACAACAAAAAUUUACGUAGCUGGAUAAAUUUUAGUUUUCAUCAAAUGAUACCAGUGUGCGUAGAGUAUAAAUAUAUUAUUACUAAAUGAAGUAAAUGUUACACUAUGGAUGUUAUUCGUGUUAUUAAUAGUGAAUUUUAAAAUGUUUAAUCCUUAAUAUUAAUUAGGUUAAUAAAGUCUUCACUAUCGAAACUAAAACAUAUCAUACUGGCUGAGGCAUUUAUAGGUUUAAAAAUAUUGAUGUUAAAAUUAUAAUUAGAAUAAUUAAGA